AUGCAGCUUUCAACGCCGCCGUGUACUUGGCGUAGGUGCUACGAAACAUCGACUUGGACUCGUUUGACGCGUGUUGGGCGUAUUCCUUCUCGAUCGCCAUCGGCGACGAAUUUCGUAAGAGCCGAGCUGGGGAAAGGGUGGCUACAGCAAAUGUGGGGAAUUUCGGCUAGGAGUGUGGCGACAGAAGUAGGGUCGUGGCAGGCAUACAGCCUGACGAGCUUCGACUUGCAGUGGCAAAACUAUUACCUCACGAAAUUCACGACACGUCGGCGGUGCAGAAUUCGUUUGGAACGCAGUACACCCUCACGAUCAAGCGAAGCGACCCAUUGUUGCGACUGCCGAAAGAGAGCUCAUUUACAAUGUACUGGGCAUGAGCGAGCGACUUGUGGGGUAUGGAGUCCAACACGUCGGCGGUUAGUGACCGUUCGUUGA